AUGCCGUUUAUGUCGUCCAUGAAUGCCAAUGAAGGAUUCACAGAGCAGAUCGUCGAGACCCCCGGCUACUCUGAAGAGGAUGCGUUCGGUCACCGGGACCCCUUCAAGGCUGUCGAGCAUACACUGAAGACGAAGAGGAAAUCCUCGGCUUGCGAUACUGCCAGCGGUCGUGACACUCAGACGGAAGAGAUCGGCGCAUCGCCAGCGUACGACUCCACCGUUGACUCCACUGUCACUUCGGCACCGGAUACCGACUUGGCGAAGGAGGUGGACGCGGUGGCGAGUGGCCGAAACCGCCGCCGCAACCGCCGCAAGCGCACCGCGGACGCCAUCCUCGGCGAUGUCCUGCACGACGCCCUCCUUCUGCGCGACAUGGGCGAGAAGCCGACCGCUGACUUUGUGUAUAAGCGCACGCAAGAGCGGAUGUACGAGGAGGAGUACGGUCGAAAGCCGCCAAGUGCAAAAGAAAACGCCGCGAAGUUCAUUCCGUUCCCGCCUGACUUUCACCUGCACCGCCUGCUGCCGCUCUUUGGGGAGUGUGGCCGCGAUGCUGCCGAGGACGUCGCGACGGACUCGGCUUCUGGUGGUGCGGCUCGACCUGUCACCCCUGCGCCGGUGUACACGAAGAACUUCAUGAACACCUACGCGCUUAUGGCACCGGAUCCGUGGCCAGAGAGAGCUGUGACGCCCGAGAACCCGGUGUGGACCCGCCGCGACGUGGAUGCGGACAAGGAGAAGACCGGCGGCCGGGGACUGAAGGAGUGGGAGGAGCGCGUUUACGGCCCACGGCCCGGCUACGACGUCCAUGGAGAGUUCCUCGACGCCAUGGAUGAGCUGGGGCACUGGGAGGUGCAGCUGAUUCACUUCCUACGCGUGGUUCCGCUGAGUCAGCGCCGCAGCCUGCCGUUCCUUCAUGAGUGGUAUCGUCUUCUGGUGCAUCGCGUGAUUCGCGCCGAGCGCCGCUAUAUCCGCGUCCGUGACGCUGCUCUAGCAAACACCAAGGUCUCCACCUCACUGUUCAAGCGCACGGAGAAGCCGAUUGAUGCCGUCCGCAGCUACUAUGCGGAGGCGCACCGAUCCUUGGCCAGCGCCAACUACGACCCGCUGCGCAUGAAGAAAUCGGCCCUCGCGCCUCUGAUGCGCAUGACGGACGAGGAGUUUGCCGAGUGGAAAGAGGUGCAGCGGCAGCGUCGGAACUCGCUUGCUGCGGAGCUUGCUUAG